AUGUCGUGCGCUGAUCCGACGGACGCUGAGCCCAAUAAUACGAUAUCAAUAGAUUGCUCGGGCCUGAAGACAUGCAAAAAGUGCGCGGAAAAUCCAUCGUGUCUUUGGUCUUUGGAACGUCAGGCGUGCUUCGCCGACUACGGAACGCCGCUAUUUCUGACGGUGCGCAAAGAGUCUGACUGUCCCAGUGUGUCGGUGGCCUCGAGUGUGACAUAUGUGUCUCAUCUGCCGUACGUUUACAUUCUAAAUGUGACCAACGACGUGACCGGGUUCUUGGAAUUUCUCGAUCAGACACAGGUGUGGUGCGUCAUGUUGGACGUAACGCGCCCCGCCGGGGUGUAUGGUGACACGAUCCAUUGCAUGCCGGUGAACCAGACUGAUCUGGGCUUCGACCACCAGACGUUGAUGACCUACCACUGUUACGUGAUUUUCGGCGACGGUGACACUAUACUGCGGCUGGACGACGGCGCCGACAGUUACAUCACUGUGUACGACGAAUAUCACCACGGCUACCGGCCGGACGAAAGUUGUGUGACCUGUCUCUGGGACGUGGGCCAGUUCGCGUACUAUUACAAGUGGUGUCCCAGCCGGAACUUGGCUACAGGCAGGUACAGGUACUACGUCGGUUACAGCAAUACCGACCACAAAGCUGUGAUGCCGGCCAACGACCGACUUUGGGCCACGGUGCCGGCGUCGUCCGGGUGCAAUGACGUGCGUAUCCAGUCCGUGGAACCGUUGUCCGGGUUGUGGACGGGAGGCCAGCAAGUCAUGGUGAAGGUCAACAACUACGCGACCUUGGCCGAUGGCAAAGGUGGGGUCAAAGUGACCGUGGCCGGGCGUGACUGCGUGCGACCGACGAUGGUGGAUCUCCGGAACAGCAGGAUCACGUGCCUGUUGACCGCGGCCAGCCACGACUACAUGGGACCGCUGGCUGAAGAGCAAGGCCCGGUAGUAAUCACUUACCAGGCAUCUUCGCUAACGGUCGAGUCGACGCAAACGUUCCGGUUCGUCUAUCCCGAGAUCACGGAAAUCGGUCCGUCGUGCGGCCCGCUGACCGGUGGCACGCUGCUCACGGUUAGCGGACGACACCUGGACGCCGGCAGUCUCGUAACCAUAGCGGUGGCCGUUGGUGACGGUGUAACGCCGCCGGUGCCGUGUGAAGUGGUCGCACGGCACAGCGACCGCAUCCUGUGCCUGACCGGGCCGUCAAAUAAGCCCGCGACCGGCACCGUCAGCGUGGUAUUCGACAAGACGCUGCGCGUCCAGAACGGUACGGCGGGUGGUCCGCUCGCGUUCACCUACGCCGCUGAGCCGGUCCUGGCCGCCGGUCAACAGUUAGAAGGCAUCGCGUCCGGCGGCAUGGCUGUGCCAGUCCGCGGGUCCGGUUUUGCCUGCGUCAGUGAUGCAACGAUGUAUGUGGACCGCGGCGGCGUCCGCCGAGUCGCCGCCGGUCACUGCCACCCGGUCAACGACACGUACAUGGUAUGCGGUAUUCCGAAACUAGACGGACCGAGAGCCGGUGCCUUGCCGGAACGGUUGCGUUUCGGGUUCCACGUUCGGCACGCUGACGGUCACGUUUCCGACAUGCCGCCGCCGCCGGACACCGACGGGUAUGUGGCGCACGCCGACCCUGUGUUGGAGGACUUUGUCGUGUUGCCCAACGGCAGGUCCAUGCUGAUCAACGGACCGGAUCUGGGCCACGGUUAUCGGGCCGCCGAAAUUAUGGUUGUUCAAUUCUCGAAGAACCUGACCGCGGCCGCCUGUAAUGUGACCGCUGUCACCCCGCGCCACAUCAUGUGCGAGUCGGACUCGCCGAACGGUCUGAACGGCGUCCCCGUCAUUGUCGUCACUAUCGGCGACCAGUUGGCCUACACGGUCAACAGAAGAAUGAACAACAGUCAGCACGAGUCGUCUAGACGACGUCUUACAAUCAUAUUAUCAAUCCUCGUGUCAUUCGCCCUAGUGUUAUGCUAUUACAAGUCCAAAUACAUGAACAUCGCAAACCUUGUAAAUACUUUAUAA